CUCUCCUGGCAAGCAGCAAUCCUGUUACCCAAGGCUUCACUUGAAUUAAAUCAUCUGUCCAUGGUUCUUGUGUAUCUCUAUGUAUCCAGGUAGUGUCUCACUACCCGGAUAUUUGUGACUGGUGGAUUACACAAGGGAUUUCUUUUCUUAAAGAUUCCCUUAACCUGGGGUUUUCCAAAACCUGAACGGAGGCUCUUUGUCUUCACAGCCACCAUGUCACCYAGCCAGGAAUCUGUGUUCCCUGAGUAUGAGACAGACACCAGCCAGACGUCGAAGCUGAUCAGAAAAUUUAAGGAGACGCCGUUUGUGCCCGUCGGGAUGGCUGGCUUUGCUGCUGUGGUUGCCUACGGGCUCUACAAGCUGAAGCACAGAGGUGACAUGAAAAUGUCCCUUCACCUGAUCCACAUGCGAGUGGCAGCCCAGGGCUUCGUUGUGGGAGCCCUUACSUGUGGCGUGCUGUAUUCCAUGUACAAGGAGUACAUAGUGAAGCCCAAGGAAUAGUGGGAAGCUGUGUGAAAUCCCUGUCCUGGUGGUGGCCUGUGUACUGCAGCUCCAAACGUCCUAUAGAGGGGUUCUUCAGGAAAAAAAAUACAUGGCAUUAGAGAAUUGUCCUAUUUUGUGUAUGGUACACUGUGCUGAACCUGGCAGCCUCAGAAUGUGCACUGGGGGAGUGGGUAUUGGGGUCUGCUUCUCUCUGAUUGAUGCCACCACAUCCCAGUUUUUAGGGAGUCUAGUGGAGUGCAAUCCCUUUAUCUUCUUCAACUCAGUCCUAAAACCGGUGACUUCUUUUGCUGUGUGUCCCAAAACCACGAUGUCUGAACUGGCUUCUGUUAUCUAUCCUCUGCCUCCAACUUUGUAAUUUAGAAGCUUCCAGUAGCACUAAAUGACUUCUAAAAUAUUGAGAGCUAUAUAAACAUUAUUUUCUUUUUAUUUAAGGCAUGAAAUAAGUAUGUUGUAGCUAUUUAAAUGUUAUAUUUAUUCAUUGUUAACGAAGACACAAGCUUCCUAUUUUUGCUAUAUCAGACUCUUGGAUUAUAAUAUUUUGUAACUUUAUUUACGGUGUUCUUCAGAGUAACAUUUAAAUGUAACAUUUAAAAUACAUAUUGUUGAAACGAAACCUUAAUUUGGCGUUUUAAUGUUUUUAAAGUGUAUGAYCUAGCUGAUUUCUGCAGUAUUGUUCCCCAUAGAAAAUUUUAAAACAUUUAAGUCCGAAAAGCCCCCCAUCACCUUUGAGGUAUUAAAACCUUUCUCUGUGAGUUAUUUUAUGUUUAAACCCCAUGUACCUCUAACGGCAGUCAUGAAAAUAAAAGGCAAUUUGUAAAAAAGCUGACAUUCCAUGGUGRCAGUGUCGGAUGUUACAGAUAGCACAAGGUACAAACUGCACCUGGCUGUGACCUGUGGUACACGACAGGGGGUGAUUAAAUACGAAUAAAAGCGAGCAGU